AGCCCUCAAGACUGGCUCUGGGGGCAGGCAGGGCGCGGGGUGGGGGACAGGGGCUGGGGAACUGCUUGAAUGCCGCCCUGUGACCGCCGAGAUGAGGGAACAGCCCUUAUUUGCCUGGCUCUGAUUCUCCAUGCUGUCGUGGUUGUGGAAUGCAAAAGCCAGGACAUGAUGGAAACAGGACUUGGAGAUCCUUUCAGAAUGCCGGAGGAAAGUUCUCCCAGGCAGACCCCACAGAGCGUUCCAUACCAGGACCUGCCUCACCUGGUCAAUGCCGAUGGACAGUACCUCUUCUGCAGGUACUGGAAACCUACGGGCACACCCAAGGCCCUCAUCUUUAUGUCCCAUGGAGCCGGGGAGCACUGUGGCCGCUAUGACGAGCUGGCUCAGAUGCUGGUGGGGCUCGAGCUGCUGGUGUUCGCCCACGACCAUGGUGAGUACCCCUGGGGGGACAGGGCCCGUGCUGCCGGCCGGUGCCUGACAGUUUGGGAACCCCCUCUCCUAUCACCUCUCCUCCUCUGUUAUUCUCUUGUGAAUCCUGCAGUGACACUGGGAAGAGAUGUUCUCCAUGAGUGUUUCUGGGUUAAAAAAAAAAANNNNAGCAGGGAGGCCAUGGAAAAUCAGGAAGGGAUAGGGCCGGAUGGGGGCAUCGCGCCCGCUACCACUCACACCCUUGUUUUCCUUUCCUGCCAGGUCUUUGCUGCGAAAGUUCUCAACCUUGUCCUGCCAAACAUGUCCCUGGGCCCAAUCGACUCCAGCAUGCUCUCUCGGAAUAAGACGGAGGUCGACAUUUAUAAUGCGGACCCCCUCAUCUGCCGGGCGGGACUGAAGGUGUGCUUCGGCAACCAGCUGCUCAAUGCCGUCACGCGGGUGGAACGGGCCCUCCCCAAGCUGACCUUGCCCUUCCUGCUGCUCCAGGGCUCUGCCGACCGCCUUUGUGACAGCAAAGGGGCCUACCUGGUCAUGGAGUCCUCCAAGAGCCAGGACAAAACACUCAAGAUUUACGAAGGUGCCUACCACGUUCUCCACAAAGAGCUUCCAGAAGUAACCAACUCCGUCUUCCACGAAAUAAACAUGUGGGUCUCCCAAAGGACAGCAGCCGCGGGAAAGCAGUCCCCGCUCUGAGCGAACUGGCUGCGUGACCUGCCCACAGCCGGUGGGUCGGGGAAGUGGGCAGAGGAAGGGCAGAAGCUGGCUUGUCAGAUGUGGCUUGCAGGGGGCAGGGGUGGGGAUCACAAAUCGGAGGGAUCCCUGGCACAAUUUACUUUAAAACAAGACAUCCUUCUCAUAUAUCAGGCUGUCUGUCACUGGAUCUACAUUAAGGGAUAGACACUUCAUGCACAGAGAAGGGCCACAGGCAAGUUUCCCAGGGAGAGAAUGUGCUCAAAUGUUCUUAAAACCAAGCGGAGCCUCUGCCCUGCCUCUCCCAGCCCCCACAAGGUUCCCAGGAAUCCCUGGUGUUCCCCGGACACCUGACCGCAAUAAUCAGAGUCUCCCCUCCUGCCCUCUCCUCCAGCCCCCACCCCAAGACCGUCCCCAGCUGGCCUCGCUCUGUGGCCUUUCUCUGGCCGUGGGACAAGGUGGCAGGCGUCACCUCCCCGGGCAGUCUCACGUGCCCCCCGAGGCCCAGACAAUGCCCAGGACUUCCUUGACAUGAGGAGUCACCCAUGACCCAUGUCAGCUCCUCAUCAGCCUGGAGCUGGGCUUUGGGAUGGGAGGAAGCUUGGCCUGGAAAGAGAACUUGGUCAGGAAUCCCCUCCUUCCUGCCAGGGAGCCUGGUGGGCGCCCGCUGAGUGCUUUACAUAUUCGGAGGCCGCCUUCCCUCACGUGACUAAUUUGACCUGACACUCAGAGAGGGAGCGUAUUCAAGAUGAAGCAUCUAAUAUAUACUGUAUAUUCUAAAGCAGAGACUCUUUG